GGUCGGUUCCGUUCUAUGCCCACCAUCAAAUCCUGUUCCUAUAACAUCACAUCUACGUGCGCAGAUUGUUGUAUUUAAUGUUAAGAUUCCUAUAACAAAGGGGUUUCCAGUCAUACUUCAUAGACAGAGCAUUAACGAACCUGCUAAUAUAAUAGAGUUAAUAUCUAUUGUAAAUAAAAGUACGGGGGCAGUAUUAAAGAAAAAUCCAAGACACAUACCUAAAUUUUCAACAGCCAUCGUUGAAAUUAAGUUGUCUAAUAGAGCAAUUCCUUUUGAAACAUUUAAAGAAAGUAAAGAAUUCGGUAGAAUCAUGUUAAGAAAAGGUGGUGAAACAAUUGCUGCAGGGGUUGUUCAAGAA